GGGACCCAUUGUCUGCCAUUUCUAUUAUUAUUAUGCAGGAUCUGCCCGGAAUGACAGCUAAACCGUCGUGAACGCAGAGUUCCAUGUCACAAUGUACAGUACAUUACGAACUUCACGCACUAUUAAUCUAGGGAUUUUUUCGCAAAUUACAGCAAUAAAGUAUCAGUUGAUUUGCCACGGCUGAGAAUCUGGGAUAUGGAUUCUCCAAAUUCAUCGGCAACGAGAACGAGUUUGGAAUCUUCCAGUACUGAAGCCCAGUACGUGAACGUAGCUUCGACCGUUUCCUUCCCGACGCAGAUGUUGAUAAUAAUGUCAUACUAUUCCCACUGUCAGUAACUCGACUUCUCAUGGAACGAUGUUAAUGACCUACCUCCGUCGCCUCAUACGUCUCUACCUCUUUGAAACGAAUUUCGCCCUCCCCGUUUUCAGUUGACAAAGGCUGUUCUACCGACAUGCAGGUAUUGAAUAGCGGUUUUCCGAAAUGCCUGGACUGUUGCAAAACAUCUAUUAGUGAGCAACAUCCAUUUCGCAGCCGGUUUCUGUUCUCUGCCUGGUUUCUCGCUAAGACAUCGCUACACCUGUCUUCAAUCGUGAAUCGUAAUCGACAAACAAGCACGUUGAAAAAUGAGCCAAUGAUAUUAUGGAUUUCCGGGAUCGGAACGUCACGCCCAGAUAUAACCAUUCCAAAACACACGUCGUCCAACUGCGUGUAUUUCCGCAAUACCAUACCCCAGGCAAUCUGAAAAAUGUUGCUCUUGGUGACCCCCUUAUCAAGGCAGAAGCGAUUCAGCAAAGCUUUAUCAGCAACUUCUCUACUCAUGGUGCGAAGCCCCUUUUGACAUCCGUUACUUUGGAUUUGGGGAAACAUGCAAGGUUGGAUAUCGACCAUUUGGGUUAUCCAGUAGUCCAUCUGGCUUUUGAAAUCAGCGAUAUCGUAAAAGUAUGCAACGGCGGAUCUGUAUAGCGGGGCUGGGGAGGAAGAGAGCUGUCCUCUGUACGCCUUUGACAGCUCUCGUAAUAUUAUUAGGAGUGAAGUUGCGUCUAGAAAAGCGUCAUUUCCCUCGAGCUUGCAGAAAAUACGACCGGAUUCGGUUUUGCAGAUGGUGAAUUGAUAUGGAAGCGCACCGAUGUCUCUGUUACUCAAGGAAGACUUGCGCAACAGAUCCGUAACUUCGUUAUCCGUACAUGAGAGGAUUUGGACUUUGAUAUUUGAUGUCUUCCGUACAACGUGGAUCUUCUCCUGGCCGUUGGUUCCGCGACUAAACAAAAUCGUUCUCAGGGCCGGGUGGCGCCGUACAACAUCCUCCCAUGCAUUUCCUAGACGCACUGGCCACACAGCGCACUGGGGGACUUUUGAAGUUACUUCCCAUAUGGUAUAAGACUGGUAUUCAAAGGCAUUCAGCGACUGGGUGACAAGAAGCCCUUCAUGCACCCGGGUGCAUGGGUACGCAUCUUCUAUUUCGUCGUAAGCAAUUCCCAGGUUAGCUUUGAGCCUGAAUUCGAAUUUAUCUUCUUCAGCAGGUGACAAGGAAAGCAAAGCGAACCGGGCCAUCUGUUGUUUCCUUUCACUAGGUGUGGAUGGUGGUGUUAGCUCCAUAGAAGGCUUUGCUUUCGAUGCUAUGAGUUUGACGGUUUUUGCGUCGAAAACAUCCAGAGCGGUCAGCGACAAGCCAUCUUCUCUGCACAGAGUGACCAACUGUAUUGCAGAGAUCGAGUCACCGCCUAGUCUGAAGAAGUCAUCGUCGAUACCGACCUCGUCUGUUUCCACACCGAUGACUCGUGCAAUAAUGUUUCUAAUUUUUUCCUCGUGUUCUGACACCGGGCCCUGAGAUUCAUUGGGGCAUGAUAUAAUCGGUUGGAGGGAGCUUAAGUUUUUUUGAGAAACCGCGAAUCGCAGGAGGUCUUUGUCGGGCUGGGCGGCAGCCGUCCGCGGUACAUAAUUGAUUGGGAGACAGAGAAUCGGCAACAUACUCCAAGAGAGAGCUCUGUUCAUAUAAUCCAUCAGCUCACAAAGUUUGAGCUUGAACUUCUCCUCUGGAACAGCGAAGAGCGCUGCCUCUGUGUUUUGAUGUCCCGAGUUCUCGCAAACAAAGACAGUGAGCCUCUCUUCACACAGAUCUUUGGGGCAAACCAUUUCAACGACCACUUGGUACUGUUUGCCUAGGUAGUUUUGUGCUUGGGACUCAGCGUCGCGCAAGAGACCGGACUCGUUCAUCCGUUGCCCUGUAUUGGGAAUUAAGCUCCCGAUUCUUUGGGCUGGAUUAUCUGUAAUACUGUGGAGGACAUGGUCAAAGCGCUCCAGCAUUAUCUGCGUCUCAUCGUGCUUCAAAACACAGCUAUCAAAAACGGCAGUGAUAGACAAUGACCGUUCCCCGGAGAGUUCACACACCAUUGUUAGCGGAUGGGUGCUAAAUUUCAGCUGUUCGGCGGAAUUGUCCGGAGAUUCCGUAAACAGGUUGGAAGAGACUGUAGUCUUCCGUGGCUGUAUAACGAGCAAGGUUUGGAAAUCACACGCUGCAGAUGCUUCUUGUCCAUAACUUCUGAUUCGUCGCAAUCCUGUCUGUUCGAACUGAAUCAGUUUGGUUGCGUGCUCUUGCAUUUCCCUGAGUGUUUCUUCGAUGCUUAGGGCAGGGUGAAGUAUAGUGCGAAGCGGAAACGUAGCUAUGGUGGGUCCUGUCAUUUGAUAGAUCCCAGGGACCGGAGCGCCGCGACCAGCCACAGUGACCCCGAAGACCACGUCAUUGGUUUCCAUAUACCAUGAAAGAAGGGUGGCGAACGCCAAUCUAAUCACUGUGGAUGAAGUAUAACUACCCCUUGGCCAUUCGGAAAUCACAAUGUGCCGGGUGACGGUUCUGAUGGACAUUGGGCUGUACCCUACCGGGACGAGUGGACAUGGAAAUCCUAUUGUUCGCAGCCCUUGGAACUCUGCACUCCAGAAAUGACGCGCAAGCCCGGGAUUCAAACGGUUGACAUACUCUAUAAAUAGCGUGAAAGGCUGCGAUGGUAAGUGUAUUCCGUUAUAUGCAUUUUCAGUGGCAUCCAAGAUACGCUGGUAUGACCAUCCAUCAAACAGAGCAUGAUGAAUUGUGAGGGUGAAAGUCAAUGGUACUUCCUCGUUCCCUUCACCAGCAAGUGAAGUUGAAACUAGGGGUGCCCCGAGCGACAUGAAUUGUUCAGGAAAUUCCAAUUCAUUUUCAAUCAAUUGACAUUGUGGGCCCCCUUCGGAACUCACAACCUGGAAUGCUUGAAGUGAAUCUGCCAGAAUAAUUCUCGUCCGCAGAAUGGGAUGUCCAUCGCAAACCUCUGCCCAGGCUCUCUUAAACCGAGCCACAUCGACGUGUCUUGUCAUUUGAAAGUGGAAACUACAUUGAAGUGAGCCAGGCGAUCUUGCCGUGUAUGCAAUGAAAGACUCUUGCAAGGGCGUGCAAGGAUAUAUGUCUUGAAUGCUUUCAGGGCGGAUGCAGCAUUUGCUCGCUGCGCUCGAGAUCAUCGUCCCCUUUCCCAUGGAGUUCAACAGGGAAAACGGCGGCGGUUGUUGUUGAUCGUGGUUCGCUUGAUCUGCUGCUAUAUUACGUGCCAAAUUGGAAAUCGAUUGAUCGGCGAACAGAGAUUCCACCGUGAUUUUGAGCCCCUGUUGACGUGCUGUUUCCACAAACCUGACUGCAGAGACAGAGUCUCCACCCAGUCUUAAAAAGUUAUCAUCCAUUCCAACGGUGGUCAAUGGCAGACCGAGAACUGUCGCAAGUAACUGUUGGACAAGCUCCUCAAUAGGAGUUUCUGCCGGGCUGAGACCUCUGUCCCCACUAGUAGCCAUUCGGUAAUCUCUCAGCUGGGUCUCUGGUAAAUUUCCGACAGCGUUUUGCAACGCUCGCCGAUUUACCUUUCCUGUUCGCGUCACAGGCAUAGCAGCCAAUGGGAUGUAUGCUGCAGGUACCAUAUAUGUUGGGAGCGCUUUUUGCAAAUGAACUUUCAAGCGCGCUACAUCUUCGCGAAAUUCUCUAUCUGGGGCACAUAUGGUGACACUGGCGACUAAUUCCGCUGUAAAUACCGGCUGUUUGGCCACGAAUAGAACCAAGGAAGACCUUCGUGUUUCGUGAGUUAUUAUUUCGGCGACAACCAUUGCUUCUUUGAGGCAUUGUUGUGAGAUGUGUUCAAUUUCUCCGAGCUCAACCCUUUGUCCAUAUACUUUAACUUGCGUGUCCUUUCGUCCAAUGUAGACAAUAGAGCCGUCAGAACUGUAUCUUGCCAGAUCUCCUGUUUUAUAAAACCGGUGGUCUGAGCCCAUGCCAAACUCUGAUGCCCAUUCGGGGCUGCUGAUGAAUGCAGCUGCGGUCUGCUCGGGCCUCUUGAGAUAUCCUCGAGAAACGAUGGGGCCGCCGAUUACAAGCUCUCCGAUUGUCCCAAUAGCUGCAAGGCAAUUGUGAUUAUCCUUAUCUACAAUCCAACAUGACCCGCCAAACGAGAACCCUAUGUUCCCCGGCUCAGUCACAUGGGGUUGCACAUUAGCAACAACGGUGCAUUCCGCAGGCCCAUAAGCGCAUAUCAAGCGCACUUUUUCGUGCCACAGAGCUAUGUCCAAUGAUGUCAUGGAUUCCCCGCCUAAAAUAAGAGUCUUCACUCUCGGCACAUCUUCGGGCAUUAACAGUUUGGCAACCGUUGGCGUGAGUUCUGCCCAAUUGACAUGUAAAUCUCGAACUGCAUUUUUCAGAUCAUUCAGCCGUUGAAACUCGGAAGGGAUACAGACGCACCCUCCGAGUAUCAACGUAGUCAAACAUUCAUGAAUACUGAUAUCGAAGGCAUAAGAUGCGAACUGGAGGACCCUGGAUGAACUGUUGAGAUUUUGAGCUUUACUGCUGGCGAUUGCGUUAGAGCAGAAUGAGGCAUGCUCAAUUACAAUUCCUUUCGGCGUUCCUGUCGAUCCUGACGUGUAGACUACAUAUGCAGGGUCGUGGGAUUGUACUCGUGGCUGGUUUGGUGACGGAUCCAACCCCCAAGAGCGAGUACAGUCACCAACUGCUAUUGUUGUGCAGCUUAAGUUAUGCUGUACUAGCCAAUCGGCACAGAUGAUGACAUCUGCUUCAACAUCUUCACAGAUAUCCCGCAAGCGCUUCUUGGGAUACGUAGAGUCCAACGCAACGAAGGCAGCACCGGCCUUAAGGACCCCUAACAUUGCAACAACUGCCCAUUUAGACUUUUCGAAAAGGAGAGGAACUAUGGAUCCCGAUCCAACAUCCAGGGCUGAUAAUCGUGCCUGGACCCUCCAAGACAGGGCGUCUAGGUCUUGGUAGGUCAUGUCCCCAUCCCAAGCACAUACUGCUUGAGAAUCGGGAUGAAGCAUACAUUGCAAAUGGAAUAGUGCAUGGAUGCAACAAUCGAGAGGGUACGUGGGUGCUCGGGUAUUCCAUGCAGAUAUUUGCUGCUUGUGAUAAUCACCCAAUAGCGGCGACUCUGAAAGUGCCCGCGACGGGCUACAUGAAAGACAUCCGAGGAUUGCACCCAGUGUGGCAAUCACGUUACGAGCCGCGGGAUGGCUCAAGAUCGAAGUUGAAUAGCGCAUCGAAACUUGUGGUGCGAGUGCUGACGAGUUCACGAUUACUGAAAUAUCCUCAAUCUAAAAUGGCACGAUUGUUAAUGGACUGUGAGCAACCAUGUUGACAGUCAACAUUAUGGAAUUUCUUACCAUUGGGAGGCGAUCGCCAUCGUUCGAAAUCCAUCCUAGAGUAUCAACGUCCUCCCACAGAAGGCAGGUAUUGAAAUGUUCGUGGCGACUACACUCUACCGUUGGCCAUUCCCGAAGUUUCUGAAGACGGACGGAGUUGGAGAUCGGAGAGCUUGCGUCUACCACUGCUACCACCUGGUCUAUCACAUUCCCCUUCAGAUCUUCUCCGACGCCAAAAGUGACGGUGUCGGAGUCGGUGUAUUUGUGAAGAAGUAUAGACCACCCAAAUUGAACUAGAUCGAACAGGGGUGCGGUAUUUUCUAUGGCCGCCUGUUUUGUGACGUAUUCGAGGCAACCAUGAUCCAAAUAUACCAACUCAAACUGGCGACCUUCUAGGCCGGAGGCAUCUAACUUGGGAAAUAUGCAACGACGUUCCUGCUGUCUGUGUUCGGACAUUGCGCGCCUGGGGUUCUGACAAAUAAAAUUUAUACGUAUGAUCUAAGAAUUGUCGGUGUAUGUCAUGAAUCAUAAAGGUUCUUUUAAUCGGUCUUCACAUUAUUUCAAGGUAUAUAUGGUCUAUGUGGGGUCUCUGUAUUGUGCAAACUUCAAUUAUAUAUUGAAUCGAAGAGAAACUCCACCAGAAGCCUCAUGCGUCAGCGAGAUGUUGGAGCCUCCUAUGUUUAGAGACAAUGAAUGGCAUUCGACUAUCCGGCUCCAUAUUGAUCGGGGGGAAUUGAUUUGCUAUCCUAUUCCAUUCUACGGUUUUGUGUCCCUGUUUCCCUGUUUCUUUCCCUACCCGCCUCCAGGCUCUCCGAAUUGAUUCUACCUAGAGAUAGGAAUUUCACAGUGUGUCAUUCCAAUCGAUGGCUUUUGCUUCUCAUCUGAAGAUCAUAUUUGCCAUAAUCGAUGGGAUGACCACUGAUUGUCCUACCUGUAAUCAUAUCAACCCAGCUCUAGGCAGACUUGAGUCCACAUCCCAACCCUAGCCGAAGAUGCUUCCUCAUCCCAAACGUGAGCCCACCAUGCCGACCAGCUAUUUCGUCUAUUCUCUAGUGCCACAAAAUAGCAAUUGACCACAUCUGAGAUUCGUAUACGCCCGAGCUUCCGGCAAGCAAGACAAUUGAACAUCUAGUCUGCGCAACCCACCUAGAAAUUGUCUAAGGAUAUUGAGGAGACCCGGGAGAACGGUUGCUGGUCAUUCUACAUGCAUUGUUGGAAAGACAUGUGUUUUUACGGCUGGAGAGGGCAUCGCUACGGAUCUACCGAAGAAGGCUUGGCGAAGUUGCUACUGCGAUAGUUACAUCGAAUGGAACAGAAACGAAACUUGCAGCCGUCAGCCAGCCAUUCCAGCAACAUGGAUACCCAAUGUCAAGAUUUCCUGUUAGGUGUAAUCGAUGCAGAGUGUCCAAUGGAUGCAAACAAUCAUUCAAGAUGGUAGGCCACCUGGGGACCGCUUUAACAAAUUCAGAAAUGAUGUUCUGAAGUGGGUAGUACUGGCAUUGGAGCGCAGUUUCUAAUCUCUAAUUUGAUUGAGUGCAUAAGAUCCCAAAUCACAAAGAUUCUGUCGUGAAAUUUCCGUCUUGCGGCUUCAUUCCUUCCUGAAUAUACUAAGAUCCAGUAUUUAACUGGGGAACCAUCCCGGUUUACCCAUCAAUAAAAUUCCAACGAGGACUUGCCGUUGAACUUCAUAUUUUGACCAGCUCCCGCAACACAUGAUGGCAACCGAAAACCCCUUGACUGGCGUGACUCUCCCUCAAGAAACUCUUCCCCAGCAAUCGGAUACAGCAGAUUCGCAGUCAUACCACUUGUUGAACAAGUGCUUCACUUUCCCCAAUGUUGAUCAAGAAGAAUGGUGGAAUCGAACGGGCCCAGUCUUGGGGAAACUGCUUUCGGACGCGAAAUAUGAUGUCCAACACCAAUUUCAAUGCCUAUGCUUUUAUGCCCUGAACGUCAUCCCCUUCCUUGGCCCGUUUAAGCUCUCACGAACCUCAGGAGGCUACGAGUCAUCUAUGGGAUCACGCAUCGGACCGUUUGAACUCAGCCAAAAUUUCACCAAGGAUCAAUCCGUCAUUCGAAUGAACUUUGAAGCUACGAACCAUGCUACAAAUACCGGCCGCGACCAAACUAACAGAGUCGCCUUGGAUGAAGCUGUUUCUAAAUUCAAACUGUUACGCAUUGGGAUGAAUGCAGAUCUAUACCACGCAUUACGCAAUUCGUUCCUGGUGACUGAUGAAGAAGAGAAACUGGCCGCUAAAGAAAUAGACCUUGCCAAUUUCCCAUGCAAGACUCAGCAUAAUAUAUCUUUGGAUUUUAAAGACGGCAACGUGCUAGUGAAGUUGUAUCUCUAUCCGCGCCUGAAAUCUAUGAUUACAGGCAAACCCCAAAAAGACAUAGUACUAGACGCAAUUCGACAUGCAGCUGGUGGGGCAUGCGAUCAUUCCUUGGAAAUGAUGCAGAACUUUCUCAAGACAUUGCCUCCAACCAUGGAUAUCGAGCUUCUUGCUUGCGACCUCAUCGAUCCUAAAAAGAGCCGGUUCAAGAUAUAUAUUUUCGACCUUCAAGUUGAUUUUGAGAGUAUUACACGGAUCUGGACGCUCGGCGGACAACUUAACGAUCCAGAAACAUUGUAUGGAUUGUCAUUACUCAAGGAGUUGUGGGAGGCUAUGAAUAUUCCUGCGGGAACGCGCACGAUGCCGGACCGAGUCAAUAGAGAAGGAGACCCGCCUGACCGAGUCCCCCUGUGCAGUAAUUUCGAAAUUUUUCCUGGAAAGAGAUGCCCGCAGCCAAAGAUUUACCUCCCAACUCUAGGUAUUAGUGAUAAGGCUAUCGCCGAUGGUCUCACCAACUUUUUUGAGAAACACGGAUACACGGAGCUCGCAAAGUCCUACAGCUCUCAGGUAUCCUCUUUAAUCCCAAUGUAUAUGCCUGGGUCCGAGAUCGAAACCAGUACGGACUUUCAAGCGUGGGUAUCGUUCGCUUACUCCGAGAAAACCGGCCCAUACACUACAAUAUACUACCAUUAAACAACUAAACCAGCUCUCGGGGACUAUCCAUGUGAAGAGUCUCCACGCAGAUUUCUCAGCAGCUGCUGUGAUAUCUUCAAUGUCAAGCACUCUGGGUCAAUAUUCACUCCUAGUUAGCAUUCGGUAUAUUUUCUCGGCUUCCCCCAACCAACCGGCUGUGCUCCUGUGACAUAUACUUUAAAUGUGCACAUUAGGAUAAGCUAUAUUGGUAGACAUCAGUCAUUGCUCGUUUCUAUUGUGUCUAUCGAUUUUUUCCAGUUAAUAUGUUGAACAUGCAACCUGAAUACAUUUUGAUCUUAUGCAGGCCGUUGGUGAGAUAGUCAAUGCUAAUUACGUCACACCAGGCCUAGUAUCCCAGCCCUGACGCCUGUUUUUCUUCUUUUAACUAAUUGCUGAACAAGAAGCGCAGCCCAUUUGCUGUUGUCUUCGCUUCCCUCUUUUUGUCCGGAAAUGUAUCGUACAUUACUUUACAGACUUAGCGUCUGAUAAUAUAUUAACCAUUUUGAUAAUUCAAGAAGAGAUAUUUAUCUAGAAAGGACAGAUGAAUCGCUACCAACUAGAAGCUGGGUUUCACAAUGGUCAAGCUCCAGAGCAGAAUGAGAGUCGACAUCGAGACGAACCAGGCUUCGCUACCUUUUGAGGUGCACAAAUGUGAUGGCUUGUGCAUAUGUAUCUCUCUGGUGGUUAACUGGAAAUGAUAAAUCGCUGACCUGUACCAUCUUAUAGAGCACGAUACUCGAUCAUUGUAGUUGAAUGGUUAAUGAUCCACAGUAGAUUUAGGAAGUCUUUAAAUCACCCGUAGAAGUGAAACUAUAGUGCUGCUGUCUGAGAUUUUUCACACCUUGGAACAAGUAGGCCAUGUGAUUUGAUUACACAACUUUAUGCAACCUUAGUAGAUCUAAAACAUUUAAUCUAAAACCUCAGAUAUUCA